AAAUAGGUUGAAUAGCCAUCAACCAACAUUCCCCAGUUAAAAGGACUGCGCGUCAAUCAAAUAGUUCUUGCUGUGGCCGCCGAUCGGAUUGAGCGAUUCCUCCUAAUCAUCAUCUUCUUCUUCUUCACCGAUGGAGAGCGGCGCCGGGAGAGAUUGGGCGAGAACUCUAACAAAAAAGCCAGAGCAGGCUUUGGCGCUUUGGGCGGACGGUUUCAGGGACGCUUGCUGUAUCCACCGGGUCUUCAUCUACUGCGUCAGCUCGCUGUCCGAACUGGCCAGUGUUUCCUGUUGAAUGGCUUUAUCUUCUUAGGAAGUAUCUUUUUCCUGCAAUCAGUCAUUAUUCCAGCACUACAAUGGAUAUUACCGGAUCAAUGUCCAGAGAGCAUUUCCGAAGGUUCAUUUUCAUGUUGGGGUAUUUUGGAAUUCUAUAGUUUCUUACGUCUUGGACUUGUACAGCUAUUCUAUGUUUUCUGGUUUUUUCCACUAUACAUAUUGAGCUACAUCCUUAGCAAUAUGUGGUACGUACACUUCUUUUUAGUAUUUCAUCAUCAAUUUCCAAAUUUCUUUUAUUCGUUGCUCUGCCAUUUUUUUGAUGAUAUUGUUUAGUUUCUACCUUCAUUUUGCAGUAUUAAAGACAUUCUCAUACAAUACACUCCAAUGGUCGUAUAUUGUACCAGAUGGAACCAACAACAACCAAAUUAUAAGAUGUACUCUGUAUUUCAAACAUGGAUGUGUUGUGGAUUAUUAUAUAGACAAACAAAGGCUUAAUAUGAAUACGUAAAAGCUUCAGUACUUCUUAAAAGACGAUAAGGCUCAAACUUAUGGUCAUAACAAGACGAGGAACAUUGCCGUUUUGUGGUAAUUCAACAAGUUCCAUCACUAAAAUCCCAAGGGGGGGGGGGGGUUGUUUUGGUGCAGGCCAUACCUCUAUCUUGGAAAAGUAGAGACUGGAGAGGAUGUUUCCAAAAGAACCCCGGUUCGAGCACAAAAGAAAGAACCAGUACAAUAGGCCAAAGUGUCAAACAAAUAAAGGUCAACAAAAAGAGAAAGAUAAAACUGAGCAAACACCUCACUAUAUCUAAACUAAUCUUGAACCCUAUACACAAUGAACCACUUUUAUCUAGGCCUACCCGACAGUUAUAAUCAUCAACCUCUAAAUGCUCCCAUCUGGGGUAUUGUAUACUUGUAUUUUGGUAAAAAAGAGUUACAAUCACAUGCACCGGAAUAUGAUUUAUUAAAUCUAGGUACAACGACAUUGCAAAAUAUGGAUUUUUUGUACUUGAGGAAUAUGGAACUGCUGGCACGAAGGUAUCUGAUCAAAAGGAGUCACAAACUUCACAAAAAACAGCUAGUAUGAGUAAAUCAACUGGUUUUGAAGGAGUUAUGAUUGGCAUUGCCGAACAAAUUUAUUCUGUCCUCUUGCUGACUUUCUUCUUCAUAGAGGUUUGUGCUAUUGGAUUUAUCCCCUAUAUUGGAAAGACACUUAAGUUUCUGCUUCUCUCAUGGAUGUACGCCUAUUAUUCCUUUGAGUAUAAAUGGAAUCUAUCAGGACUAAGUUUGGACAAGAGGCUGGACUUCUUUGAAACCAACUGGGCUUUUUUUGCUGGUUUUGGAAGCCCGUGUGUCCUGGUGACAUUCUUGGUCUCUCCUCUGGUUAGCUAUGGGGUUAUGGCCAUACUAUUUCCAUUGUUUGUGUUGACUGCAACUGGCUCAGAAGCCGACAAGAUUGUAUCCUUUCCGAGAAAAAAUUGGAGAGGUUUGGGUCUUGGAAGGGUUCCAAUAUUUCACGGUGCACAUUACACAUCGAUGAAGAUCUUGAAUUUGUUUCCCACACAAGGCAAAGGUGAGCCGGAGGACAAGGCACUCUGAUGACUACAACAUUUCAUGUUUCACCCUCUUGGCCGUAGCCGCUGGACACCAAAUUACCAAUAUACCAUGACGUACAUACAAAAACUGACUGCAUCAACGUUUGUAAGAAUCACCGCGGCGGAGGAUGCUAUCAUUUCUUCAAUGAUCCGGUCUGUCUUUGUUGUAUAAUACAUUAGUUUAUUCAUGUAACUCUGAGAAUAUAUGUAUAUAGAGAUUGGUUUUUUCAGGGGUUUUCUCAUUCCCCAUUUUAGAGAUUGGUUUCCUUUAAAAACGUUAAUUUUAAGGUGUGUAUAAGGUAAGACUAAUUACUU